UUAGUGCGUCGCGGACAAGGUAGAGUAGGUUACUGGUAAGCGAAGCAGAAGAAGAAAGAAACAAGGACGAAGAAUUCAUCCGACACCCAGUCGACGUCUUCGAAACGAAACUGUUGUUAAACUGCAACGAUGACAAACCUGAUUAUUUGGAUGACGGUUCUUUGCGGCGUCCAGAUGUGCUACGGCCUUGUUUGCACAAGAGAAGGACUCAAGCAGCUCAAACAAGAAUGCACUAAUGCGCUUCAUAUCAGGAACGCGAAGCUCGAAUUCCCUUCCAUCAACACAUGCAGUGGCCUGCAGCACCUCGUGCGAUGCAUGCACGAUAGAUGGAGCAACGCGAAGUGUACCAAUUUCACGGUUGGGUGGCUUGCAGAGAUGGAAGCCUUGCAGAAGGACAUGGGACAGAAGUGCGACAUCUGGAAUGCUACGGGCGCAAACAUGGGCGUUCUGAGACAGCAAUGCAAACCGGCAUCUGCUGUGAAGGUCUUCAUGACAUGCGGAACAAAUUUCUACGAUACGGUACCACAGGCGACAAACAGAACCGUCCUGGUGCUGGCAUCUCUGUGCCCUCAAGUGGACAAGUACACGGCAUGUGUGUACCGGAGCAAACAAGACGCCGCCUGUGCAGAAGGAGAGCACGUUCUCCCACACAUAAACUACGUUGCCGAAAAAGUUGUCAAGAGGUACCGCGUGCUGUGCAGGGCACUACAAAGGGCAGAGACCCAGAAGACGUCAUCUUGCAACCGGAAGCGUUUCAUCAACGAAAUGUUUCGAUGCGGCUAUCAGUUCUCCAACGCCGUCGACGCUCUAGGACGCAACUCCACCGCUGACAUCUGCCCGCGGUUCGAAAAGUACGUCAAAUGCCACAAAGCUUCGAUCAGUCACUUCGGUUGUUCUUCAUCUGAUGAUCUGCGCGACUCAGCCAAGGUUUUCUUCAAAGCGCUCACGCACGACUUCACGGACCUGUGCAGCACGCAGCCCAACAGAUCUGGGGUCGUCGCAAGAGUAAUGCUUCAAGAAACGGAUCUUUCAUGCGAUAUGGGUCGCUUCAUGAGGUUCUUCUUCCUGUGCACAUCUCGAUUCGUGAACGGUGUGGACAGUGCGAAUGUCUCGGUCCCUGUUUGCAACAUUGUGAAAAAUUUCCGGCACUGCGUCGCAAGUUCUCGUCACGCGACUCAAUGCAACACCCAGAUGGAGCUCAACACGCACGUGGUCUACUUCCAAAAUUUCCUUCUCAGAGACAUCGAGGCUCGUUGCGCGAAGCCUGCGGACACCGAGCCCUACCAUCAUGAGCAAAAGGUCUUGUCGGGCACUUUGGAAGCCGAUGACGAUGUCGAUGAAGAUACAGGCGUGGGAAAAGCCAAAAGUCGUAGGAGACGGAAGUGGUGACUUUUUAUGCAUUUUUUUUUCCUCUCUCUCCUUUUUAUAGUUAUCCGUGGAUGUACGAGCAUCUUCAGACCAUCACGCUUGUUAAACUUGUAGUUCGAGCCACAAAAGGAUUGUGUUGCUGCUUGCUGUUAAUAAAAGGGGUUACUGGGGAAUA